UUGAAUUUAGAUCGAGAAUUGAAAAAUCUCGAAUUCGUAAGUCCCGGAGGAUCACUAGCAUUACCAUCUGAUUCAGCGCUCUCGAUUUGCGAAGGCAAACGUAGAUCGGUUCGCAAUAGGAAAACUAUUAUACCAUCAGCAGAAAUUAAUUUAUUGUAUCAUGAUGAAGACGGUAAUCUUGUAUUGCAAGAUGGUACUUUGAUUAAGUUAUGUGAUUGCUUACAAAAAGAAUGUUCGGGAUGCCAUUUUCCUUGCAGAAAUUGUGGCUCGCAAAUGUGCGGUCCCGAAUGUCAGAAAGGACGUCAUUUUGUCAUUGAAUCUAUUGAAUUACAUCAGUCACCGUUGCAGAUCAGAAAGCAUCCGUACGGUGAAACUGCCAAACGAAAUAUUUAA